CGUAAUUUCUCAUACUCCGCUUUCGUUCAGUGAAUUGGAAAUAUUCUACCAUAAAUAAAAUCCGUACGGGUUGCUGACAGCAAACAUACCAGUCUUUGCAUCAUCCAAGUGCUCUCAGAUACUCAAUCUGUAGUAAAAAUUCUGGUGUUUGUUCUUUCGUUCAGUUAUUUUUCCAGUCAUGGCCACGUCAUUUAGUAACUUUUCUUUCGAACGUUUAUCGCGACAAAUGGGUGCAAAACUAGAUCCGGGUAUGCGCCAGCAUUUGUCGAAGGUGUACGCAUCAUUGGCAGCAACCUGCGUUGCAGCCACAGGCGGUUCGCUCGUCCAUCUGUCCGGUAUCUGGGAGGCGGGAUUGCUAAGUGCGUUCAUCUCCAUCGGUCUUGUCCUCGGGUUGAUCUUCAACCCUGACAAUGGAAAGAAUCUCGUGCAACGUUUCAGUAUGCUGAUGGGCAUUGGUGCUUUUACGGGUCACUCUUUGGGAUUGUUGCUCGAACAGGUCAUCUACCUGAAUCCGGCCAUCGUGGUGACGGCGCUUGUCGGAACGGCGACGAUCUUCAGCUGCUUGACGGCAUCGGCCUUCUUUGCCAAUCGCGGAAAGUAUCUGUACCUCGGUGGCCUGCUGAUGAGUGCUAUUAGCACGAUGGCUCUACUCAAUCUGGGCAAUCUUUUCUUCCGCUCCUACAUCGUGCAAGACAUCUCGCUCUACCUUGGAUUGAUCGUGAUGGCUGGUUUUGUGCUGUUCGAUACGCAGAUGAUCAUGGAGAAGUAUCACAUGGGCAACAACGAUUUCAUCGGACACUCGCUUGAUCUAUUCUACGACGUGAUCAGCAUUUUCCGUCGCCUACUGGUUAUUCUGGCCCAGCGUGAGGAAAACAACGAUCGCCGGAAGCGAAAAAAUAACUAAAUAUUGAUCGCCGAAUAAGGAUGAAGAUUUUCCAAAGCCUACUUCUCGGUUUAAUAUUCAGGCCAGUUUUUUCUUCUUUCGCCAAACCAAUUGCGUGUAACUAGUGGUACUGGCAAUUUUAGCUGUCUAUCGUAGUUUCAUCAUUCGUAACGUUAGAGUUGAAACUAUCAGGGUACGAGGGCUAUCCGUGUUAAAUUUUACUUUCUAUUCUGUCAUUUCGGGAGUAUUUGAAGAUUGAGCAAUUGAUGUAGAUAUAAAAGCGCAAUCACAAGUUGCGUGUACUCAUUGAAUUUCUUUCAUUCAUUUACAUUUACAUGCUAAAUAAUGGUGGCAGUGGAAUGUGUUAUUUUCUUUUCGUUAAAAUUGCCCCGAUAUGUAAUGCGUUAGCACGCAGGAUGCUCAUAAUCAUCACAUAGUUCGUUCAUCGUGAUACGCUUGUAUAGCACACGUGGACAUCUUUUGCGCCUAAUAUAGCGUUUCCGAGUGUUCGACGUACUUGGACACUUCCCAAAUACGAUGUCAAUCAAACAAAGGUAACGUGUUCAGUGCGCGUGUCCUGUUUGUUUUUUGCUCUGGGCAACUAUACUGGUGAGAAAUUCAUCAAGAUCCACCGGUAUUGAAUCAUAGACGUAAGUUCAUGUUGUUCAAUGGAAUCCGUUAAUGGAUUAAUAAAAUAUUUUAUUACU